AUGGCUGAGCAACUCAUCCUCAAGGGCACCCUGGAGGGCCACAAUGGCUGGGUCACCAGCUUGGCCACCUCGAUGGAGAACCCCAACAUGCUCCUGUCGGCCUCCCGCGACAAGACCCUGAUCAUCUGGAACCUCACCCGCGAUGAGACCCAGUACGGUUACCCCAAGCGGUCGCUCCACGGCCACUCUCACAUCGUCUCCGACUGCGUUAUCUCGUCGGAUGGCGCUUAUGCCCUCUCUGCCUCGUGGGAUAAGACUCUCCGUCUCUGGGAGCUCUCCUCCGGCACCACCACCCGCCGUUUCGUCGGCCACACCAACGACGUCCUGUCCGUCUCUUUCUCCGCCGACAACCGCCAGAUCGUCUCCGGUUCCCGCGAUCGCUCCAUCAAGCUCUGGAACACCCUCGGUGACUGCAAGUUCACCAUCACCGACAAGGGCCACUCCGACUGGGUUUCCUGCGUUCGCUUCUCCCCCAACCCCCAGAACCCCGUGAUCGUCUCUGCCGGCUGGGACAAGCUCGUCAAGGUUUGGGAGCUCUCCAGCUGCAAGCUCCAGACCGACCACAUCGGCCACACCGGCUACAUCAACACCGUCACCAUCUCGCCCGAUGGAUCCCUCUGCGCUUCCGGUGGCAAGGACGGCACCACCAUGCUCUGGGAUCUCAACGAGAGCAAGCACCUCUACUCCCUCAACGCCAACGACGAGAUCCACGCCCUCGUCUUCUCCCCCAACCGCUACUGGCUCUGCGCUGCCACCUCCAGCAGCAUCAUCAUCUUCGACCUCGAGAAGAAGAGCAAGGUUGAUGAGCUCAAGCCCGACUUCGCCAACGUUGGCAAGAAGAGCCGCGAGCCCGAGUGCGUCUCCCUUGCGUGGAGCGCUGAUGGCCAGACUCUGUUCGCUGGCUACACGGACAACAUCAUCCGUGCUUGGGGUGUCAUGUCCCGCGCUUAA